GGGCAUCCGUGUGCGCAAGGGUCUCAAGCCCGAAAUUCCAGCUCUCGACCACUACUACGACAAGCUGUAAAGUUAUUGUACGAAAGUGCUCACGACCAAACUUCUGGAAUCCGUUCCUUGUAGCCACUCAUAUUUCACUAAAUCCAAUUGUUGUACUCUUGUAUGGUUCAUGAUUUGGACGCCCAUACCUAAUAGUUACAUGGCAAUCGCUGAGAACGUUGGUGAGGUGACGCUGCAUGACAUCCCUCGGAUCCGCAUCUUCUACCGGUGGCGAGCGUCUUGAGUCAAACACUGGGCGCUUAACGUUAUAAAUUCGACAGGUACUUAAAAGGCAGGUUGCAUGUAGCUGUCGCAGGAAUAAUAACCCAGUAAUACCCGUCUACUCAGACAUGGCAGACGUUGACCUCGCCACCAUCGCUGACGUACGAAGAUACUUGAUACACCUCAACGACUCAUUCGAGGGCAAGGAAACAUUGGUGUUGAAGUAUGCAGCACCGUACCUUGCUGCAUCCGGCGGUACGAUGGCUCUCCCAACAGAGCGCCAGAAAUUCGAUGCGGAAGCCCUAAGACUCGUCCGCAAGAUGCACACUGAUGACGAUGUCAUCACUGUUCCUAAUGUCCAUCUCUUCGACGAAGAAGCCCACGUCAUCAUUAUGGACGAUUGCGGAACGGACGCUCGUACGCUGAAACAGCUGGUAAUCGACGAGGCUCUGCCACAGACAAUCGCCGAAGAAAUCGGUGCUGCGAUCGGUCGUUUCCUCGGGCGCAUCCAUGCCUGGAACAAAGACGCGUCUUUCGACAUGGGUAUUUUGAGCAACAAUGAACUGGGGAGGAUGCUCUCAGCUUUGGUUACAUACGAUCGCCUCAUAUCUACGCUUACCGGCAUAGAUAAUAUCGCGGCUUUGGCUGACCCCGGCCUCGACAUCCCUGAUGGGACAUUGGCCAUUAUCUCGAAGCUAGCGGAGACCCGAAGUCAUGAAAUUGGUAGCACGACAGAGGUGUUUACACACGGAGACUUCUGGCCCGGGAAUAUCAUGGUAUCCCUUCGGAGAGAGUCGGAAGGGGGCAUGCUUAGGUUAGAGAAGCUUUAUGUGUUGGACUGGGAGUUGGCGAAGGAGGGUCUUCGGGGGCUAGACAUUGGUCAGUUCUGCGCGGAGAUGCGGCUGCUUCAGCGGUUCUAUCCGAGCCGCCAGGAGGAGACGUCCACGAUUAUGAGAUCCUUUCUCUUGGCUUAUAGAGGAGGGAGUGGGCCUGAUGAAGCGCUCACGAGGAUUGCGAUUGCACAUGUUGGAGCACAUCUGGUUGCUUGGACCCCACGGGUGCAUUGGGGGGACAAGGAAGAUACCAGAAAGACGGUUGCUGAAGGAGUUGAGUUGUUAGUUGGAGGUGCUGAAGGAACACUAGUAUGGCUGGAGGGUAGUCUCAUUGGUAACUUGAUGACGUGAAACUCCGUAGGCAACAACUUAAGUCACAUUAGCUCACUCAAUUAUUACUGCUCCGUCGCGAAGGGACACGCUAGCUCAUCCUUUCAACUACGGUGCCGCAGACCGUUCGGCUACGACGCCUUU